ACCUCAUGGGGCACCCUCGCCAGGCUCCGUGGCGACAUCGGACGGUGCUGUGACACCACUGGGGCCUCUUGGGCCGCAGCCGUCUUGGCUCAGGACUGUCUGGCUCCAGCUGGGCCUUCGCUACCUGAAGCACACCCGCGCACUCAGCGUGCAUCGCACACCUUCCCUUCGGAUCACCUGUCCCGCAGAUGGCCCGCCUCUUCUUCGUUGCCAGUCUCGUCGGGGCGCUCGGGGCCGCUGGCCUGCGCGCGCCGCCCGCCGACUGCAGCAUGAUGCAGGUUGGAGCAGCGGUGGGCAAGGGCAACGCCUCGCAGCAGGCAGCGGCUGCAGCGCCGGCUGCAACGCCCACUUGUGAGCAGAGUCUUCCCGACAGCUCGCCAACUAAGGAAUGGGCGUUCAAGACGACCAGCCCUCUCCAAAAUCUUGACGGCAGCACGAAGCACACGAAGGUGGUCAUGGCGGUGAGGUCGAGCAUCCUUGCCGAUUCGGAAGGCGUGUUGUUCGAAGUCGGUGGCGGUGUUGGAGGAGGCUUUAUGGGCAUCGUGAAGAGAGGCUCUGAUUAUUAUUUCAAGAUCCAGGUCGGCGGCGGCCAUGCAACGGAUGUGAGUGCGUGGUCUGCAGCAGUAAUAUUGCGAAAGUUGCCUGAUGCUAAGAUUCCGACGGACGGCGACAUGCACCAAAUUGUUUGGUCCAUUGAUCCAGCUGCCGCGUCGCUCAAAGUUUGCAUCGACGGGCAAGAAUUGUCCGCGACGGCCCCCUUUGGGCAAUUAAUGCCUGCAUAUGGGCCCGACCUGUGGUCUGGAAGUGACGCGGGUGGGUUCGGUGUUUCCACAUGAGGUAUUACUGGCCAAGCAUUGGCGACGCAGGUUGAGUGGCAAGGCCAAGUGGAAGGCAACCUGCAAGUCUGGGAAAAUGGUCACUACACGUGUGUUUGCGACCAGGCAGCCCCGUCCCCGACGCCAGCUCCAACGGCAGCUCCAACGCCAGCUCCGACGCCAGCUCCGACGACGGCUCCGACGGCGGCUCCGACGUCGGCCCCAGCGGGCGGAGCAGGCGCCGGGGCUUCGGCCGUUGGAGAUCCCCACUUGCGAAACAUCCAUGGCGAGCGUUUCGACCUGAUGACGGCGGGCAAGCACGUUCUGAUCGAUAUCCCUCGUGGAGUGAGUGCUGGAAACGCCUUGCUGCGUGUGCAGGCCGAUGCGCGCCGGUUGGGUGGACAAUGCGCGGACAUGUACUUCCAGCAGAUCAACGUUUCUGGUUCUUGGGCAGAGGCCAAGCAAGCUGGAGGGCUUCAUUACAGUGUAUCGCAACAUGACGUUCAGACUCCAGAGCGGGCUGCUUUCGGCAAGGUCGAGCUGAAAGUCGUUCAGGGGCGCACGGACAGCGGCCUCCUUUAUUUGAACUUGUACGUGAAGCAUUUGGGGCGAGCGGGAUUCGCAGUUGGAGGGCUACUCGGGGACGACGAUCAUGAGGACGUGAGCGCCGCGCCAGAUUCAUGCGCGCAGCGCUUGGCCCUCGUCGCGGGAACGCGCGGCGGCGGAGGCCCAGAGAUGGUUUCGGUUGCAGUAGCAAGCCUCGUUUGACCUUGACGGCGUGGUCGCUGCUAUAAGUUAUAAAUUCGAGCGCUGGUCCCAGCAGCCGCCGCUGUCUAUCGCCGGUUAGGCCCUCCCUGCGGGGCCAGCUUUUGGUCGCAUCGUUUCCCCCCCCUCGCCGUCCUCUCUUUGGGGCCGCGGGCGUUCCAACCCGCUCGCGUGAGCCGGCCAAGGCAGGCUCGAGCCCUCGCUUCUGUGCGCUAGAAUCUGGGAAAAAGACUUACUGGGGCCUCUUGGAGGCCUUUAAGAGGCCAUGCGUGAACUAAUGUAGACCCUCUUGCGCGAUCUUGUAG